AGCACAGGACAAGAAUGGGAGCUGAUCGUUCAUAGGCCCGCCUCUUAUUAAUUGUAUUAUGAAGGGUUCACAGCAUAACUAACCCAAUUAUUAAUUAAUUAAUUAAUUAAUAAUUAAGCCAAACCCACCCAUGUAUUCAGUUUAAUCGAUGUAGUGGUGUUAUUGGUUUCAUGAUGCAUUGUAUUUCAGGUUUCUAUUUUACCAUGUUAAUACAAAUGUAUUAAUUGACCUGCAUCCAACAAUUUAACAUGGAAAAAAUGCAACAAGACCUUUAUUUAUUGGUCAAUUGUUUUUCUUUAUAGUAAACUUAAUGUGACAAGUGCUCGGGUUUUAAUAAGAUUGCACUAUGGAGAAGGAUCCCGUUAAUGCUGCAGGAAAAGUUAAAUAUACAAGUAAUUAUUCCGUUUAUAGUUUUUGUUUAAACCAUGCAGGAUGUUCAGAAUAAGGUGGAUGUAAUAAUGUGGGCUCUAAAAGCUGUAAACAUCGACAAAGUCAGUCAACCGGCUGAUUGGUAGGCCUCCGUGGAGGGAUAUCAGACAGAUCCAACUCUCAGCUGAUUGACAAGCCACCGCGGAGGGAUAUCACUCAUCCCGCUCUGGAAAACCAACAACGAGGGAGUGCAUGUUCCCAGGAGAGACAGUAAUUCAAGUACUCUACAGGAUGGAGGUAACGUUAGCGAGAAGGAGACUGCAGAAGCACCUGGAGCCGGCUCGACCCCUGCGGCGCAGCACCGUUGACCAGGGGUCUGAUGAUGGAUCCGCAGACACACCUGCGGGCACACCGGUGGAGCAUGAACAGAAGAAUAUUACUGUAGAGCAAUUCUACAGUAUAAUUCGCCUACACACACCGAAGCAAGGGAGAAUAUCCUACACGAGAGAGGUUCUAUGUGAGCUGGCAUCCUCACCUGUGGCCAAGAAAAAGCCUAAAUAUUUACCAGAGCACCCCAUAGUUUUGGAAAAGGCGGGAGAACAUCAUCUCGUGCUUCAGGAAACUAGAAAGGAAUCACUUUGAACUUUGGGUGAAAAGAAAAAUCUACAAUAAUUGUACUUUUGUUUCUUUUUUUGAUAUUUUAUUAAAAUACUUGAAAAUCAUUUUUAGGCAUGGCCUUUUCUGACAAAUUUGCUGCUGAAUUGAUUUAUGUUACACAAUUAAAAUUGUAUAUUGUUUAAAUCUC